GUAGGAAGCCAGGACACAUUGUUGCAAAUUGUUAUGCUCUGAAUAAGGAGAAGGUGCCUGUCAAAUCUGUUGCCUUGGUUAAAACAGCUAGUCCUGUGUGCCAGUUGGCUUCACUGCCAAAUGAAUCUGAGCUUGGCGUGUAUGCUCCCUUUCUUAUGGAAGGUUUUGUGUCCUUGACUGAGAAGGGGGAUAGGGUUCCCGUAACGAUUUUGAGGGAUACAGCAGCGUCACAGUCCUUCAUGUUGAGUCAUGUGCUGCCAUUUUCUGAGGAGUCAGCUGGGGAUUCUGGUGUCCUUGUGCGUGGUUUUGGGAUGCAAUACUUGGAGGCGCCUUUACAUACUAUUUACCUCAAGUCAGACUUGGUUACGGGCUUUGUGACUGUGGGGGUUUGCCCGUGUUUCCCAAUUGAGGGAGUGUCCUUCAUUUUGGGGAAUGACUUGGCUGGGGGUAAGGUGCUGGUAAAGCCGGGAGGUGGGGAUCCUGGAAAAGAAGGAAAGGAGCCAGUGGCUUAUGGUCACGCAGGAGAAAACACUGACGCCAACCCUUUUGCCGAGUACAUGUGGAUGGAGAACGAGGAGGAGUAUAACGGACAGGUGGAGGAGCUGCUGGAGCGGGAGUUCUUGGAGCGCUGCUUCCAGGAAAUGCUGGAGGAGGAGGACCAGGACUGGUUCAUCCCUUCACGUGAUCUCAACAAACCAGGGGGUGGGCAGCAGCUCAACGGCCUGUCGGCCAACGAUCACCACAGCAACCUGGAGGAGGUGGCAAGGAAGAGCAUCUUGAAUCCUGAAGCAAAGGAGUUCAUCCCGGCAGGGAUAAUGUUGUGGCCAAUGUGUUGUUGCGCAUGUAGAUUUAUAUUGUAGUGAUUUGUUGUUUUU